AGGCCCACAGCACGCAUGCGUAGGACAAGCUGUCAGGGCAUGCGCUCCUCUCCCUGCCCUGCCCCUCCACCACCUUCACUAUGGCAGAGGCGGUUUCUGCACCGAAGCUUCGGCCAGUUACACAUGUGAUUCUUGACCUGGAUGGACUGCUUCUGAAUACUGAAAAUCUAUAUACCGAGGUGUUUAAAGAAAUAUGCAGCCACCAUGGGAAGACAUACAACUGGGAUGUCAAGUCGCUGGUCAUGGGGAAGAAGGCCCCAGAAACCUCAGAGAUCAUAGUAGAGACCCUGAAGUUGCCCAUGUCCAAAGAAGAGUUUUUGGAAGAGAGCCAAACGAAGCUGAAGGACGUGUUGCACACAGCAUCACUCAUGCCAGGAGCUAACAAUUUGAUUCAUCACCUGCGGAAGAAACGCGUACCCUUUGCCCUGGCCUCCAGUUCCGCCUCCCUCUCCUUCCAAAUGAAGAUCACUAGACACAAAGAGCUCUUUGGUUUGUUUAAUCACAUCGUUCUGGGAGAUGAUGCCGAGGUAGCUAAGGGCAAGCCAGCCCCAGACAUAUUUCUUGUCUGUGCCAAGAGGUUCUCUCCUCCCGCGGCUCCAGAAAACUGCCUUGUCAUUGAAGAUUCCCCUAAUGGAGUGGAGGCAGCCGUGGCCUGUGGGAUGCAGGUGGUCAUGGUACCUGAUGAAAACUUGAGCAAAGACCUGACGAAAAAAGCCACCCUGGUGCUGAGUUCCCUACAGGACUUCCAGCCUGAGCUGUUUGGUCUGCCAGCCUUUGAGUAAGGGUGAAGGGUGAGCAUGCUGCAGGGGACCUCAUGGAACCCAAGGCUGGUUUAUGACCCACAUUGCUGAGGCAGGGGUGAAAAACUCAACAGCAUCCAGAUUAAAAGCUUCAUUGUCACUGCA